UACCUCACCUCCUAUUUCUUGUCCUGUAUUGUAUCAAUUCCUUGUUCGAGGCUUCCGCUCGCCCAUCUCAUCCGCCAUCCAUUCUCUCACCACGCUGGCAUCAUCAUGUCUGCCGCUGCAAUCAAUAUCACCGACAUCUUUCAAAGACUUCCAAACGAGAUACUACUUCAGAUAACAGCUCAUCUUGAUUCGCCAGCCCCUUCGAUUGCCAAAUUCGCUCACGAACCUUCCACCACGCUUACAGAUGCAGACCAAACACCCCUCAAGAACCUCUCAUGCGUCUCUUGGCGCUGGAGGAAGAUUGUCCUUCCUAUGCUUUUCCGCUAUUCCAGAAUCCAAUUGGAUCCGACUCCCCAAUGGGUGCCAAUAGACGCUCGUAUUCUUGACAAUAUGCAGGGGCAGCUCACCAAGCUAAGCAACCACGAAUUUCAAGUUUACCAGCACAUGCGAUCCAAGUUCAAGAGCAGUUCCAUCUUCGCGUACGACGAGUCCUUUGACGAUUUGCUCAUCAACCUAUGCCGCAUCGACGACGGUGAUGAAUUCCUCAAAUCCAUCCCAGAUAUACUGUGGUUUCCCCAUCUGCCCAAGUCGGAUUUCUUGCACUAUGCAGAGUUUGUGCAACAGUACGAGCUGAAAUACCAUAUCAAAAACGUCGUCAUAUAUACAGACAAAAGUUAUGAGCUUCGACACGUCUCCACGGCCGAGGCCUAUCUGUCAAAAGUGGUAAAGGAGAUAUGGUCGACCAUCUUCCAGGUUCUAGAGCCGACGAGAGUGGUGGUUUCCGCGCCGCCAUGUACGCUUGCUGGACUUUUGGAUGUAGCUAUGAUGAGCUCCGACACCUGGGCUUUCGACAUGAAGAUACAUCAUGUCGAAUUCAUACAGUAUGGGCAAGCUUCACAGAUCCAGCAUACUACUCCUCAAUGUCGUCCCUGGGAAACAGCGUUGGUACAUCGCCGUCCAUGGACGCAUCUAGCUUACAAUGAGGGAUCUUCCAUCAGUGCAUACAGCACUUAUGAGUACCACCUAAAGCAGUCGCCUCGAAUGCUAUACCUUCUCCUCCUCCGUCUUGCAAAAGAAGUGCAGGAUUGCUGCAAUAUUCGCUCAUUCUCAUUCAUCGGCGUCUUCCCGUUCCAUACCAACAUUCGCGUGGUCAUCCACGCCCUCCAAAAAAUCCAAACACUCGAGGAAGUAAAGUUCCAGCUAGCACCAGGCCCUGAGAACGACUUGCUGAAUGAAACUAAGAGAAUGGGCCGAGCGCAACCUUCGGAUCUUUGGCUGGAGUGGAACGAGAGUUACAAGAAUAUCACAUGCUUUCUCGGAACCUACGAUUUUGCGGAUGGCGCUAGCUUUACUAGCAAAGAUUGCAGUGUGGCUGCUGUGAAGCAAGAUGUAGGAGAGUACAUGGAGCUGCUGCAAAAGAAAGGGCAGGGGUGGCAAGCAAAAGAAGAUGGGCUCUGGAUCCGAGAUCAUACCAGGGACCACGAAGGGGCGUCGAUUAACAUACCUGCUCCUGACAUAUGA